AUGGUGCAAGCCGACCAUGAUGACUACACUAUUGAGGGUCAAAACUUUGGGAUUCGUUCCAACGCCGAGUUUAAUGAAUCUGUUGACAAGAACGAGGACCUUUAUGGUAAUAACUCUUUCAUUAUGAGUAGAGUUCAAUCAAAGGAAGACAUUGAGAAAAGUAUGUUUAGACGAUGGAUGGAGAGAAACGAAGAAUCAGAAGAGGCUCAUCAGAUAACUUAUUCGGAAUUUCUGAAAAAAAUUACAUGGAACAACGAUAGAAGUCUAUGGUCAAAAGUGGAAAGUUUUGAAGAGAUUCAAAGUGCUGGGGACACGAAAUAUGAUGAUUACAAAUCAGUAUCCUAUGAUAGAGGUCUCCUAGAUUCAGACUCCGAGUGGCAUGACGUGAUGGACGAAGCAACUCAAUGGUCUACACCUUAUCAACUACGAAGACUAUUUGUUUGCUUGCUGAUAUAUUGUCAAGUUGGGAGUCCUCUAAAUUUGUGGAAUCGCUAUUGGAAAUCACUAGGUGAAGACAUGCUUCACAGAAAACGCAAGACUUUCAACUUCCCAAGCCUACAUCUAAAUGAAAAUCAGCUAAAGCAAUACACUUUGAUGGAGAUAGAGAAACUUAUGAACCAGGACGAUCAAUAG